UCCAAGAGAGCCAUGAUGUCGUGGCACCCGCAGUACCGCAGCUCCAAGUUCCGCCACGUGUAUGGCAAAGCUGCCAGCAAGGAUAAGUGCUACGACUGCGUGCCCAUCACCCACAACAUCAAUGACAACCACUUCUGCGCCGUGAACCCCAGCUUCAUCGCUGUGGUGACGGAGUGCGUGGGCGGCGGCGCCUUCCUCGUCAUUCCCAUCAAGCAGACAGGCAAGCUUGACCCACAUUAUCCCAAAGUAUGUGGGCACAAAGGAAAUGUUCUGGACGUCAAGUGGAACCCAUUCAAUGACUUUGUAAUAGCUUCAUGUUCAGAAGAUGCCACAGUUAAAAUCUGGGACAUCCCCAAUCAGUUGCUAAAAAGAAACAUUACCACUCCGAAGAAAGAACUUCUUGGGCAUGCUCGAAGAGUCGGUCUGAUUGAAUGGCAUCCCACGGCUGAUAACAUCCUCUUCAGCUCUGGCUAUGACUACAAGAUAAUGAUCUGGAACCUUGGUGUCACGGACGCUGUUAUUUCAAACCCAGUGAAGAUUCUUGAUGCUCACAAAGAUGUGGUACUCUCCAUGUCAUUCAACACAGAUGGCAGUCUCCUUGCCACUGCUUGCAGGGACAGAAAGAUACGUGUGAUAGACCCUCGUGCUGGCACAGUCCUACAGGAAGGAAGCUACAAGUCUCACAGAGUCAAUAAAGUCUCAUUCCUUGGAAACAUGAAAAUGCUGUUUUCUACUGGAACGUCUCGGUGGAAUAAUAGGCAAAUUGCAUUAUGGGAUCAAAAUGACCUUUCUGUGCCUUUACUGGAGGAGGAUCUGGAUGGCUCCUCGGGACUUCUGUUUCCUGUCUAUGACUCUGACACACACAUGCUUUAUGUGGUGGGAAAGGGUGAUGGAAACAUACGGUACUAUGAGGUAAGCCCUGAGAAACCAUACCUGAACUACCUGAUGGAAUAUCAUUCUCACUUACCACAGAAGGGAAUUGGAAUGAUGCCAAAGAGAGGUCUUGAUGUGGCAGCUUGUGAAAUUUUCCGUUUUUACAAACUGAUUCCAACUAAAAGCCUGAUUGAGCCCAUCUCCAUGAUUGUGCCUCGACGGUCGGAAUCAUACCAGGCAGAUAUCUACCCCCUGACUGCAGCAGCCCAACCGGCACUGACAGCAGAAGAAUGGCUCGCUGGGAUUAACAAAGGGCCUCUCUUGGUAUCCUUGAGACCAGGCUCUGAAGCUGUGAAGUCCCUGCCACAGUUUCCUGAUCAAGAGCCCCUCACAGAAGCUACUGACGUGAGCCAGCAACAGGAAGCACAAGGAAGGAUAUCAGUGGAGGACAAGCAGAAGCCAAGAGAGAUUGAACGUGGCAGAAAAAGGCUGAAAGUGGAAGAGAAUCUGCCAGAAAAUCAACAAACAUGCCUCUCCAAUGGCUUUGAUGUAUUUCAGUGUCCACCACCAAAAACUGAAAGUGAGCUUUUACAGAUGUAUUACCGGCAACAGGAAGAAAUCCGUCGACUACGUGAGUUGGUAAUCCAGAGAGAUAUCCAAAUUAAACAGCUGUCGCUGGAGCUCAGAAACCUCCGCACGGACACAGAUGAUUAA